UUGGAAAAUUUAAAUUUACUGAUGAGAAUAUAUUCCUUAUUGUUUUUCUUUCAGGUGACAUAGACAAACCCUUUCCUCCAUGGCAUGCUACAAGGGUUUUCCUCAGCUUCUUUCUGUUCUAUACCUUUUUGAUCAUCCAAUUGGUAUCUGGAAACUUCUACGCAUCAUUUACUUCUCCAGGAAGAGAAACCCCCAUGACGACCCCGAGUGACCUCAUCAAACCAAUGGAACGUGAAGAACUCAAUUUGCUAUUGGUUCGUGGAAGUGCCACGGAGACCUUAAUUGAGUCGGCGACUCAAGGAAUACAGGGAAGAAUUGCGCAGCUGCUCAGAACCCAAGUGUUUGCUGAAGAUGUGGCGACUUUCGAAGAUGGACUGUUGUUGGUGAAGAAAUCCAGAGGCCUAUCGCCUAUGAAUGUUUUCAUCGGCACACAAACUAACCUGAGAUAUUUUCUGGAGCAGUCGAAGAUCAUGAACAAAGGUCGACCGGCGUUUUACAUGUCUCCAAAGUGUUUUUACACUCAAUAUAAAUCGAUUCCGAUGAGAAAUGGAGCCCCGUAUGCUGAUGCCAUGAAUCUCAAGUAA